CGCUAGAUGUAAAUUACAUCGAAAAUUAAAUGGGGUGAAAUGUCAGAAAAGUUAAAUUCUGAUCCAGAUGGGCCUCAGCUGACUGUAGCUGAUUGGAAAAAGCGUUUUACAGAUUGGAAGUACUUUGUGAAAAACAAAUAUAGGAAAUUAAAUGAGCACCGUUUAAAGACUGGAUCAGGUCCUCAAAGCAGUAUAACACUAACAGACAUGGAAGAACGGGCACUCUGUGUAUGGGGAAAAGUAACCGUAACCGGUGCGUUGGGUGUUACAAACUUCGAUGGAAUUUUAUUAGAUUCAGAUACCAUGAUAAUACCUCUUGAGGAGGAAAUUACUGAACCAAUGCCGGUUGAAGAUGAUACACCAGUAAUAGUACCACCUGAAAUUGAACCGGCUGUUACACCCGUUCCACCGCAAAAACCUGGGACAAAAACUCUACCUCGGCAAAAGCCAUUGUCGAUUGUGACAGAAAGCUUAUUGAAUACAAUGAACAAAUCCGAAAAAAAUAUUGAAGAAUUAGGUUCCAUUGUAAAACAAUUUUCCGAAGAGUACAUAAAGUGUAAAAAGGAAAAAAACAAAAACGAGCUUCUUCGACUUAAAUUUGAAGUGGCAAAAUAUAAAUUUGAAAACCAAAACUUUAAAUUUGAUUUUGAUUAAUAGUCUUUUUUUUAACAUAAAUGUC